AUGGAUGCCAAUGUCCAGUUCAUGCGCGAUACAGUCGAGCGGCGACGUACUCAAAAUCGCCUAGCUCAGCGCAAGUUCCGCGAGAAGAAGCGGAAGGGGGCAGAAAAUGCCGUUCUGGAGACGUCUCAAAACCCGAACGGAGCCAUCAGAGCACUAUCACAAGCGACAUCAACCGCCAGCAUCAAUGGGGAUUUUCCAAUUAGCUCAUUGCCUUCAUUCCCAAGUGCGCUCCCCACACAAGCAGGAGCUUUAUCUCCAAACGAAAUUCCAAUCGCUAGCACAGAGCCAGAGCCGGUAGUCAACUUCGAUCUCGAUGCAAUUGACCAGUUCUGGUACCAAACCAACAAUGAUUUCUCUUUCCCUUUGUCCGACCCAUCGCCUGUCCAGUCAAGCUUGGCACAAACGAAUUUCACCAAAAAUAAAUCCCCCGGUCCUGCUCUACGCAAGGCACCCUCCGAUACCACAACAAGCGAUAAUUCGAGGUCGCACUCUCGACCCGGGGACAACCAUAACCUGACAUUAUAUCGCAGAACUUCCUAUUCUGAUAUUCUCCCGGAGAGUCCAGCCCCCCAGUUACCGCAAUCAUACAACGACGAUACGGUGUUGGAACUCAUUACAUCGGCCAGAAACGACAAGGGAUGGAUUAGCACGCUUCACAUCGCCGCUCAGAAGGGCCACGAGAGAAUUGUUCGAGUUCUUUUGCUCCGUGGUAGCAUGGACGCAAAUAAGCAAGAUAGCGACGGUCGGACACCCUUGAUACACGCGGUCAUUGAGAAUCACGAUAGUGUAGUUCGCUUACUACUAUCCCACGGUGCUCGAAUAGGCGUUUAUGAUUGCGAUGGUCGCUCUGCACUGCACUGGGCUGUGCUGCAUCAGCGACUGGAUAUACUCCAGCUAUUGCUCGAGCAUCGCACCAAGUACGAACGCAGUUUGGAUCUUGAUGUGUACGACAAUACCGGCUGGACCCCAUUACAUAUGGCCGUAGAUAGAGCUUUCGAGGCUGGAGUGUUAAUGCUCCUCCAGGAGGGCGCGGAUAUCAACGCCAAGGCGCACAAAUGUCCGUAUAUAGGCAAGGUCAUGCCAAUGAUGGAUAGACAGCGAUGA